AUGCCCAAUCGCGCGCUGCAGGUCAACACCAACACGCAAAACGGCAAGCAUGUCGACAUCGCCAUCACCACCCAUGGCUCCGACUGGUACUGGGCCGUCACGGCCGUCAUGACCUGCGCGACAAUGGCGUUCAUGGGCCUCGCCUUGACCAAACCUCGCCAGCACCGCAUCUUCCACUACAUCACCGCCUCCGUGACCCUUGUGGCCUCGGUCGCCUACUUCUCCAUGGCCAGCAACUUGGGCUGGACGCCGAUUGACGUCGAGUUCAUGCGCAACGGCGACGGCGUGGGAGGCACGAACCGCGAGAUCUUCUACGUCCGCUACAUCGACUGGUACAUAUUUUCGAUCCUCUUGGCUCUCGCGAUCAGCAGCUAA